GCAGCUCUGGUUCUGUAGCUUUGCCUGGUUUUUAGAACACAAGGAAAAGCUAUGAAAGGUCUGUAAUUUCUCUUUUCUCUUUCCAGCUACCCUUACCUACGACACCCUCAGGUUUGAGUAUGAAGACUUCCCUGAGACCAAAGAACCCGUCUGGAUCCUCGGCCGGAAAUACAGUGUUUUUACAGAGAAGGAAGAGAUCCUGUUGGAUGUGACCUCUCGCCUUUGGUUCACCUACAGAAAGAACUUCCCUGCUAUUGGAGGCACCGGUCCCACGUCGGACACCGGCUGGGGCUGUAUGCUGCGCUGUGGCCAGAUGAUCUUUGCUCAGGCCUUGGUCUGCAGGCAUCUGGGAAGAGACUGGAGGUGGAUAAAAGGGAAGAGGCAGAUGGAUAAUUACUUCAACGUUCUUAAUGCCUUCAUUGACAAAAAAGACAGCUACUACUCCAUUCACCAGAUAGCCCAGAUGGGAGUUGGAGAGGGAAAAUCCAUAGGCCAGUGGUACGGACCAAACACAGUCGCGCAGGUGCUCAAAAAACUCGCAACUUUUGAUACGUGGAGCUCCCUGGCAGUACAUAUAGCCAUGGACAACACAGUAGUGAUGGAAGAAAUCCGGCGGCUGUGCCAGUCCAACUUGCCGUGUGCUGGAGCUGCAGCAUGUCCUGCCCUGGAGUCAGACGUGCUCUAUAACGGGUACCCAGAGGAACCAGGGGUUAGAGACAGGCUUGUGCUGUGGAAACCACUGGUGCUGCUGAUACCUCUCCGCCUCGGGCUCACAGAGAUCAAUGAAGCCUAUAUUGAAACACUAAAGCACUGCUUCAUGAUGCCCCAGUCCCUGGGAGUGAUCGGAGGGAAGCCAAACAGUGCUCACUACUUCAUUGGCUAUGUAGGCGAGGAGCUCAUUUACCUGGAUCCCCACACCACGCAGCCGGCGGUGGAGCCCGGUGACAGCGGCUGCCUCCCCGACGAGAGCUUCCACUGCCAGCACCCUCCGUGCAGGAUGAGCAUCGCCGAGCUCGACCCCUCCAUCGCCGUGGGCUUUUUCUGCAACACAGAGGCAGACUUUAAUGACUGGUGCCAGCAAAUCAAAAAGCUGGCCCUGGUCAGGGGAGCGCUGCCCAUGUUCGAGCUGGUGGAACGCCAGCCCUCGCACUUCUCCAACCCCGACGUCCUGAAUCUCACACCAGACUCCUCCGAUGCCGACAGAUUGGAAAGGUUCUUUGACUCAGAAGAUGAAGACUUUGAAAUCCUGUCCCUUUGAAAACAAAUAGGAAACUGACUCUGCAAAUUUGUGUAUGUGUGGGGAGAAGGGGGGAGGGAAGCUCCUUGGAGAGCCUGGGGCUACCGGUUUUCAAUAGGCGCUUGCUGCCAUCCCCGCCUCUUGUCCAUCCCGGCAUUCCGUGCAGCCUCGGAGCAGAGCGCGCAGUGUCUGCGGUGGGAUGAAGAACCAAGUGGGUGUUACAGCCUUACUGGCUGCAGUCAGAAUUUCUCAGCAGCAAACAGUUGCUGGAAGUGGAUGCAGUGGUGCUUAGGAGUUCAAAGCCUAUCUGUUACAUCAGCAGGUCAGCUGGGCCUUCCGGGGGAGGCACGGGAAUCAGCAGAGUGCUGGAUCCUUCCGUGGGGACUCCCCGCUGAAGCUUAAGUAGAGCCCACCCAUCAUUUUGCAGGAGAAAUGUCCAGUUAAUGCCUUUAGCAGCUUCUCUUCUCACUGGCCAACCUGGACUGCAGCUCACAAUGCCAAGGAACAGCAGCCACGUCCCACAGACAGCUGUGAAGCCUCUGGAGUGCAGAUCCCUACGGUACAACUCCUGUUCAUGCUCUGCAGGACACAGCGCUUCCUCUCCUGCUCACCCCCUAUGGAAAGGGCACUGAGGGAACUUCCAAGUCACUGGGAAUUCAACAAGUGAAUGGCUGCCUGGGGAAGUGUGGAACAGAGCUGUGCUGCUGAGAAGGAGCAUCUCAAUCCCAGUUUAAAUAACAGCAGAGAGAAUGGAAGAAUAGAAAAUGUGUGUGUUGCUCAGUGAGUCAAUCCAUGUGCUUCUACAAUGUAAUCUCUACAGCGAGUACCUUCAGGAAAGCUGCUUUGAGCAGAGAACUGGAUUCCAUAGGCCUGGAAAGAGACCCAGCUGGGAGAGGUGAAACAGGACAGCGGAGAUCUGCCGGGCUCCUGCCUGUGCCCUCGUGCGCUGGCACAGCGUCUGGGGAGUUAAUCCUGUCGUACCAAAAACGUGAGCUGUGAAACUCCUCAAGGUGCCCUCGGUGCACUGAUCAGCAGUUCCUCCAGCUACUCCUGUCAGACAUUCCAUUUCCAAAGCAGAAGAGGCACCUGAAGGUCGGUAGGAUUCCAAGCUGUUGGUACCUUGACUCUGCCUGCCCCCCUCCCUGCAGAGUGUGCACAGAGGUACUGUAGGAGCCAGCCUGGAGAAACCCCUGUCAGGUAAUCAUCCCAAACGGGCAGAAUGCCUUGAGAAGGUCCAAUUAUACUGGCAAUUUUAGCUGCUUUAAGGUGGUAGCUCUGCCUGGGGCUCUUCUCCACACAGAGAAGGGUGGAGCAGAGCUGUCUCUUUGCAAACUGCAAGGGAAGUUGCUGCCGUAGUUCCUUGGUGCAUGCUGCACACUGCAACCCCGUUCACAAGGCUCUGGUUUGUGCAUUCGGGUUUGGAACCUGUCAGAUGAUGGUGUUGUGACCAAGGGUGGUGCCACCUGGGUAGACAUGACCCGUUUCCCCUGUGACUGACCUACUGAUGCUCUGUCCCUGUGCUAUCCGAAAGCAGAGGUUUGAACUGGGAACCACAAUGCUUCUGUCACUAAAUUAUUAUUUGCUGCUUUCUGCCUGCUUCUCCUCUUCUCUCAUGUAGUCAGGGGAAGAGGCAGCAGAGGAAGUGGGGCUGUGCUCCAUUCAUCUGCUUUCAAUUUCUAUCUGAAUAAACAGAUCUAAAAUCUUU